AUGCCUCUCCCGAACGCCCAACCAGUCAAGUUAGCUCCCAACUUGACCAUUCACGCACCAUUGUCCCGGCAAGGUCAUGGACCUGGUAUGCUAAUCAUCCGGUCCCUUGUCAAUCUCAAUGAAGUCAACACUGUCCCAACAUUGGAUCCUGAGCCGAUCCAAAAAUGGGCCGAAGAAGGCUAUGUCACAUUGGAGAUAGAGGUAUCAGAGGGCCACCCUUUGGCAAAAGAAACUUUAAUUGAAGCACUGGAUGCAUUAAAUCAACAUGAAAAAUGCACGACGAAGUCCAGCUAUGGUCUCAUAGUAUACUCCCCACUUUUAGUUCCGGGUGUCGCGAAAUUGAUCGAUGAAACCGACGAGAUAAAAGCUGUCGUAUCAUAUGGUACCCUGUUAGAGCAACCUACAAAGCCACACUUGUAUCAUUUAGCAGAGUCUGGAGGCAAGUCUACCUCCAAAGGGGAAGUUGUAUAUCGGUACCCUGAGGUUCAAUCAACUGCCUUCAUAAUACCCUCACACAAACACUUCUCGCCCUCAUCGGCGACGGUCGCGCACACUCGAUGCCUUGAAUUCCUUAAAAAGCAGAUGAACGGGCCCUGGUUCGAUCUUGAAGAAAUCUGGGAGGAGCACACUAGAUUUGAAUUUGAGACUCGUUCUGUCCCGGACACGAUGGACACCAUGGUUCAAGAGCCAUAUGUCAAUCAUAUCCCCACGUUGACGGGUGGUGUUGGUCGAGGGAAACUUUCCCAUUUCUACGCCAAUCAUUUUGUCUUCAACAAUCCAGAUGACACGGUGUUGGAGCUUGUGAGCCGGACAGUAGGAAUUGAUCGUGUGGUGGAUGAAUUUAUUAUGAAUUUUACACAUGAUAAGAUGGUUGAUUGGCUCAUACCUGGCAUUCCACCCACGGGCAAGAAGCUUCUGAUCCCGUUUAUGGCAGUGGUCAACAUCCGGGGCGAUCGCCUUUAUCAUGAGCACAUUACUUGGGAUCAAUUGACUGUUUUAUUCCAACUUGGUCUCAUGCCAGAGUACCUUCCACUGCCCGAUUCCUUGCCCUGGGGUCCUAAACCGCAGGCGGGAUGCACAUUGGAAUAUCGGGUUCCAGGUGCCGGAAUCGAGACGGCAGAGAAAAUGGUUGACGAAAGCAGCGUCCCGUCAAAUGAAAUGUUCAAAUUUGCUGUUCGCGAGAUCCAGGGACCGCAAUAA